AUGUCGAGCAACUGUUGUUUUUGUCGUGGGCUCACGAGCCUAAAUCCGGUGAAGUUUGUCGUGUGGCCGAGAAAGGUGGAGUUGAGGAGGCAAGCGAGGUUUGGGUUUAGGGCUUCAAUGGUGAAGUCUUAUGGGAGCUCCAAUUUCGCCAAUCGCAUGGAGCGCGCUUGGUUAAUCUCUCAGCAACCGAGGCCUGUUGCUUGUCCUUCGUGUGACUCAAAGGGGCACGUCGACUGCAAAUGGUGCAAUGGAACCGGAUUUUUCAUUAUUGGUGAUAACAUGUUGUGCCAGGUCCCUUCUAGAAACACCACGUGCAUUAUAUGCUCGGGAAAGGGUUCUGCUUGUUGUUCGGAUUGCAAAGGAACCGGCUAUCGUGCAAAGUGGCUUCAAGAGCCCCAAAUUACCGAGUAG